AAAGGUUGUGUGUGUCAACUUGUUGUGCUGUGUUGGUCAACGCAUACAGCCAGCUUGAACCGACCACCAAAAGUUUUUGUCCUUGCCAGAUGUCUUCGUUCAAGAGAAACCUCAAGCCAAACAACCCAAACCAAGCACCAUCGAGCUAUCCGACUGGCUUCCACCCAUCUCAUUACAAUGGGGUUCCAACAGCAUCGACUGGGAUAGCUUCCUUGGACGAUCUCCUGGGAGGAGGACUGCCGAUCUCAUCUAGCUUCCUCAUCGACGAGGACGAGGACGGAGGAUAUGGGAAACUCAUACUCAGAUAUUCGAUUGCUCAAGGCAUCGUUUCCAAACAACAUCUGAUUGUCGUCGGAUCAUCCCUCGACGAAGGCGGCGAUCCAGAGAAAAUUAUCGAUCGUCUGAUGUCUUUGGAUGAAUCUGACGAGCCUCUUGAACCACCUUCAUCGAAUCAGUCACAAAAAUCAACCGCAAGAUCCUCCGGCUUGUCAGCAGAGAAGGAAAAGUCAACCGCCCCGAGUGAUGCGGCCGAUGAUGAUGAUGAGGAGGAGGAGGACGAUGAUGAUGAAGUAAAUGCUGAUAAGGUGAAAAGUCAACGGAUGAAGAUCGCUUGGCGUUACGAAAACUUAGGUCACCACCAUUCAGAGGCUGAGAGCAUAUACCAACAAUCCAGGUGCCACGUCUUCAAUCUGAGCAAGACAAUGAAACUUUCGGCGGAUCAACGAUCAAGGACCGAUUGCAUCGAUGUCAAGAAUCUCGAAGGUUUACCCACUAGUUUACUCGCCCAAAUCAAGCAAAUAAUCGAAGAAAGGCGAAAAGCGUCAUCAUCGUUACCGUCGUUUCGGAUAGUGAUUCAAUCUAUUGGGUCUAUAGGCUGGCCCCCGAUGGAAGACUUUAUGAUCUUCCGAUUCCUCAAAGAGCUCGAAAUGUUACUCCGGUCUACCGAUUGCCCGAAGAUUGCAAUGAUCAGCUUUCCAAGCGCCUAUCGUUCUCCAGAUUUGGCUAAGAUGUUACCAUGGGCCACUUCUGGGUCUCUAUCUCUUCAAAGUUUCGCUGGAGAUGAAAAAAGUCAAGCUGCAUUUCCGAAUCAUCAGGGUGCUGUGCACUUCAUCAGAUUACCAAGUCCAUCAUCACUAUCACCCCCAGCGACGAAGCUUUCAGUGAUCCGAGCGUUGGGUGGGGGCUCGGAGGCAGGGAUCGGAAGUAAUCUAGGAUUCAAGUUAGGCCGCAGGAAAGGCUUCCGGAUCGAGAUGAUGGGACUGGGUCUUGACAUAGAAAAUGAGAACCCACCUGAAGAAGCUUCCACUACACAUCAACCGGAUAAGCCCUCCGAAGUUCCGGUUGAUGGCCUGGACGGGCUCGCAAUUGUUAAUCCUUCUCAAGUCAAGAAGAAGUCUGCAAAACCGAGAUCCAGGGUGAGAUUCGGCGAUCCCUCUCAAGACUCUCAUGACCUCCUGAAAAACACGGAUUGGUAGUCGAUUGAACAUAUUCCGCUCUUCUUUAUCAUAUCCUUGUGUUACCAACCGGCACAAUAAUAUCACUGCUUCUCCUGGGUUAAUUUUCAUUUCUUUUGAAUGAUUCUUUUAUGAAGGGUGAUUGCAUGAAGAAAGCGAUUUGCAGAUUUAUGAUUCAUGUCAACCCAAAAUUCUGCAUAAUGGGGCCACACUCUUUUCCAGAAAAACAAAGACGCGCGUCCCCUUGAAUGUAUGAUGAAACUGAGCUCCUGUUCACAUCUAAACCCCUAUUUUCAAUUAAACAUUCCUACUCUCCGAUGACAGCAUGUUCCCAAGGGCUCUGGUGUAGGUUUUUGGCUACCUACACACCACUGUUCUGAAAGA